AUGACUACCACACAGUACUUCACAGGCGUUCGGGUCAAAGCCGAGCCGGACGGCGACCUCGACAUCCAGUCGUUCAGCGUCCUCAGGAAGCUGUCCGUCAAACUGACCGACUGCAGGCUGUGGCUGGAGGGGCGGGACUUCAUGUGUCUUGACCAUCACCCUCAGUUGUGUCACCAGAGGCCCCGCCCCCCCACGAAUACAGGCAGAAAGAUGGUCUACUGCUCCGAGUGUAACAAAGGCUUCUACAAGGAGGCUCACCUGGAGGCUCACCUGAGAACCCACCGAGGACAGAAUCCCAACGAGUGCUGGCGGUGUGGGAAGACCUACCCGACCCUGAUGAGCCUGGUGGUCCACCAGCAGAUCCACGACCGCAGGGAGCCGUACCAGUGCUCCUACUGCCACAAGACCUUCGCUCUGAAGAGGGACUGGAAGACGCACCACCGGACGCACUCCGGGACCAAACCCUUCAAGUGCUGGUUCUGUGGGGACGGCUUCAGCCAGCAGGACGAGCUCAACGAACAUCUGGAGAUGCACAAGGGGGAGAAGUGCUACCGCUGCAAAGUCUGCGACAAGAUGUUCGUCUCCUACCAGGGCUUCAACUUCCACCGCAAGUCGCACAAGAACCUGAAGCUGCUGCCCUGCCUGAAGUGCAAGAAGACCUUCAGUAACCCUCAGAGCCUGAAGCUCCACCAGGUGACCCACUCCGACAGGAAGCCACAUAAGUGCCCCACCUGCAGCAAAGGCUUCAAGCUGCUGAGCGGCAUGCGCGUCCACCAGAGGACCCACGAGGACCUGAGGGACUACCACUGCACCGAGUGUGGCAAGUGCUUCUCCAGCCUGCAGGGUCUGAAGCUGCACAACCGCACCCACACCGGACUGAAGCCCUACAGGUGCACCGAGUGCGGGAAGAGGUUCACCCAGUCGCCUCACCUCAAGUCUCACAUGGUCACGCACACCGGAGAGCGCCCGUUCCUCUGCACCACCUGCGGGAAGAGGUUCACCCAGUCGUCCCACCUGAGGUCUCACAUCACGCUGUUCCACGUGGGCGAGAAGCCCUUCGCUUGUGACGACUGCGGGAAGAGCUUCACCAUCGCUCACUACCUGAAGAUGCACCGGCUGAGCCACACCAAGGAGAAGCUGUACCAGUGCUCGUACUGCCAGAAGUCCUUCUCCUACCACAACUCCUGGAGGGCCCACGAGAGGAUCCACACCGGCGAGCGUCCGUUCAGCUGCCAGGACUGCGGCCAGAGCUUCAUCACGUCUGGCUCUCUGCUGAGCCACCAGAGGACCAAGCACACCGGGGAGAAGAGCCACUACUGCAUCACCUGUGGGGAGUUCUUCUUCACCAGCUCGCUGCUGCGGGUCCACCAGCUCGACCACACCGGCGAGCGGCCGCACGCCUGCGGCUGCGGUAAGACGUUUAAAACCAAAGGAGUGCUGCGCUACCACCUGAAGAGGUUCAUCGACCACCAGCCGGCCGAGUGAGAGACACACGGCGUUUUCAGUCCGUGUGAGGUUCAGGGACAGGAAGUAAGUAGUGGUCGUCUGUCAGCAGGAACACACAGAUCAUGAAGGAGAUGUAGAUACUUUAUGAACUCCAUUCAGAGGCUUUCAUUAUCUCUGAUGUCCUCAAAGACAAAAGAGUCCUCCUGGAAGAAAGAGCUGGUGAUCUGGAAAAAACUGUUCUGAUGUUUCUGUUGAACAACCGUCAAUGAAUCAAAAGCUCUGACAAAACGUAGAAACACAGUCAGGUGACUGCGGUGGUCUGUGACUGUAAGAUGCCGUCCAUCAUAAAGAUCCUCAUCGGCACCAGAGUCUUCCACCAGCUGUGAGGUCCAGCUGCCAUGUUUGUAGUUUACGUUCAUGAGGAUAAUUUAGGGGGCGUGUCUUUGGAGGUCUGAAGAGACGGCCUGAAGAAGACUUGAGAUGUAGAACCUUCUGGAUCUGGUGCUGCAGCUACCGUCAGCAUGGGGGGGGGUCAGAAAGGUUUGGUGCUGCUCUUUUAAUGAAGCUAAGAGCUUUCUGGGUUCCUGGGUGUUAAAUGUUUGUGGUUCUACGAACUUAAAGCUGUUUUACAAACGUUUGUUAUUCAACCUUUCUGCUCUUUUUUACAGACGUUGUUUUAAAGCAUCACUCUGCUUCUUUAACACUAAGAAACAAUCAGUUCACCCAGAAACACUCGUUGGUCUUGACUCAGGACUUGUUGGUUUUGACUCAGGACUUGUUGAUUUUGACUCAGGACUUGUUGGUUUUGACUCUAGACUUGUUGGUUUUGACUCAGGACUCGUUGAUUUUGACUCAGGACUUGUUGGUCUUGACUCAGGACUUGUUGGUUUUGACUCAGGACUUGUUGGUUUUGACUCAGGACUUGUUGGUUUUGACUCAGGACUUGUUGGUCUUGACUCAGGACUUGUUGGUUUUGACUCAGGACUUGUUGGUCUUGACUCAGGACUUGUUGGUUUUGACUCAGGACUUGUUGGUCUUGACUCA